AUGGUUGAAUCAAAUAAAAAAUCUCAUGCUUUGUUAUCCAUAUCUAACUACACCGCAUGUAUAUUACACUGUUAAAUUAGGCUAUUUUGAUAGUAUUUACCCUCUAGAUCAAUCAGAUACACUUAUUGGAAUAGACUUUCACAAUUACAUAAUGCUUCAUAAAAAAUGCUGUCCAAAAUGCUUGAUAUUCUUGGAACUUUUUACAUCAAAAAAAGCUUAGACCUUCCAAUGUACCAAUUGUUAAUGGAUGAUCGAACUGAAAAUCACUUUGUUAUAUACUCUUGUAAAUUGUCUCUAAAUUACAAUUAUGCUGUCUUUGUUUCCGAUUAUAGCUUUUGCUCUCUCAAUUCAAAAAACAGAAGAUGUUAUGUAAAGAAUAGAAAGAAAAAUUGACAGCAUAACCAUUAUAAUAAUUGUUAACUUGCUUUUUAGCAUCCCUAUGUUCAUACUUGGACUAAUCAUUUGUUUAUUUCUUGCACCAUAUAAAAUCUUGCGAGCUUUUUCGGAUGCUGUUAAACAAAGGGAUUUUAAUAUAAUCAAAAGAGUCUUCUCAUCAUCUUGA